GGCGGGGCCUGUCAACUCCAGUCAGUGCUUCAAACGAAACGAGCAGUCGUCUAAAACACCAAGACAUCGCUUUAACUGAACUAAACUAAACUGAACUAAAAAACUAAACUGAAUCUAUUGUGUUAAUAUAUACUGAAAGUUAUUUUCGUCUUUCACUGUUUUUUUUCUUUCACUACUAUAUUUCUGCAUGUUCAGAAUUGGAAAUGCAGUUAUUGAUCUAUCCUGAGAUCUGUACCUUUACCGGUUUACCGUCACUAACAGGCCUUCCUGUUCUUAGGAUGUCUUCAUUGACAGAUGCCAGCUGGAGGUAACCGUAACACACUACAGUCAUUUUUUUCACCCUGGAGUGGACAUGGUCCAAUGGACCACUCAUCUGGUGACAUGUGUCUGGAUACAGGCUCUAAUGUCUUCUGCAUUAGACACUUGUCCCCCAACGGCUCCCAUUACCGUGGACUUCUCGGUGCCGUAUCCCAUGCCUUACUUUCAGACCCGCAACCCCAUCCAGAACAUAGUUACCAACUCCCUUUUCCAAGAGGUCUAUGUGGCCUCUCAGAAUGUCAUUGAGGCGGUGAACAUCACUCUAGGUAAGCUUUGGGAACUCCGUACGGGACCCGUGGGCAGUCCGGAGUGUGAAAUAUGCGAUUUGUGUGAGAUCGCAAAAGAUCCUUUUCACGAGGACACAGACAAUGAGGUGUUGCUCCUAGACACGUUCUUGAUGUACUUGUACACAUGUGGAAGCUCGCAGUAUGGAGUUUGCUAUUUCCAUCAACUAAAUGAAAAUGGAAAGCCUCCUGGACCUUCAAAGUGUUUAUUCCGGAAGAAGUUCAACUCUCCACAGUUCUGCCCAGAUUGCAUCGCUAGUCCUUUGGGAACGAAAGUCUCCAUGGUGGAAGAGGGCCAAACGGUGUACUUCUUUGUCGCAGCAACGGUGAACAACAGCGUGACGCAAAAAUAUGGUCGCAUGUCCAUUUCCGUACGCCGACCUGUUGCGACCGAGGACGGUUUUUACACCGAUGUCCGAGGGUUGACAGUGUUGCCUGCUCUACAGCAGACUUACAGCAUUGAGUACAUCUACAGUUUCUACACGCAGGACUUUGUCUACUUCUUGUCUGUCCAACGAGAGAAAACUGACUUGGACUCUUCGCCCUUUCAGACGAGACUAGGCCGCCUGCCACGCCAUGAGUGGGAAAUGCGACGCUACCGUGAAAUUGUUUUAGAAUGCCGCUUUGAACCCAAAAGGCGAAGGAGAAGCAAUGGCAGUGAACCUUUCAAAGAUGUGGUCUACAACGUGGUUCAAGCGGCCCACUUUGGCAAGGCCGGACGGGAGCUUGCCGAUGAGCUGGGUGCUGAAGAAGAGGAUGAUAUCUUAUAUGGCGUAUUUGCUGUAACUGAUGACUUGGGCGUUCCUGAAUAUGAUUCAGCACUUUGUGCAUUUCCGAUGGAUACGGUAAACACGGCAAUAGAUGAUGGAGUAGAGGACUGUUGCAAGUCAGGACCAGAGCAGCUUUCCAGAGGCCUUUGUCAUUUUCAACCCUGUGAGAGCUGCCCACAUGAGAGCAUGGAGCACAAUAUGACCUGCAGAGAUCAGCCCACCCUGGUGUCUCAGCCAUACUACAGAGUCGACCUCUUCAACAGACAGAUGAAAGGCGUUCUGCUCACCUCACUGCUGGUCACCUGCAUUGAAAACAAGACAGUGGCUCAUAUAGGCACAUCAGAUGGGAGACUGCUUCAACUUGUCCUGAGAAGAUCCAGCCCCGUCAUUUUUGCUAAUUAUUCCCUUGUAGAGAAACAGAAGGUGUCGUCUACCGCAGCAGUUCUCUCGCCGGACCAUCUACUGUUUGUGGUUGGAGAUAAGAUGAUUCAGGUGCCUCAGAGGGGUCCAGGUUGUCGGCACUUCCUCACAUGUGCCAUGUGCCUGACCGCACCAGAGUUCAUGGGAUGUGGCUGGUGCUCAGGUCUGUGCACCUGGGUUUCUGAGUGCAAGACACACUGGGGAAAUGAGUCAUGUCCGCCCGGCAUCACAGAGUUUUUCCCCAAAACAGCCCCCCCUGAUGGUCAGAGUGAGAUGACUUUGUGUGGAUGGGAGUUUCAGUCUCCCUUGCGACCCGCCAUCACGACCAGAACCCAUGAGGUGAAGCUGGGUGAAUCUGCCUGCGUGGUCCAGCCUCACAAAAGCAACAGCACACACUUGUUGUGUAAGAUCCGUUCUGGGGCAACAGAGACACUUUUUAAAACAGUGAACGUCACAGCUAAAGUGCAUGAAGGCCGAGUGGAGGGCCGAUACUCCAUUGAAGGAAGUGCCGAGAUGCCCGGAUUCACCUUUGUGGUCCCAAACAUCACUGAAGUCCAGCCGAACUAUGGACCUGUGAAUGGAGGAACACUCAUCACCAUCACAGGCUCUUAUCUGGACUCUGGGAAGAACAGGAAAGUUACGCUUGAUGGAGAAACAUGUCCAAUCCAAAGUGUAUCUGUGGUAAAAGGAAACCUGUCCUCCAUCGUAUGUCUGUCUCAGUCUGUGACGGAGGUGAAAGACGUGGUGCUCCGUGUCUACAUAGAUAAGUCCCGUGUGGUGACCACUAAAGUCUUCCGGUACAAGAAGACCCCUGAGAUUCUUGCCGUGCUGCCCGAUUGCAGCUUUGACAGUGGGUCAAGAAUCAUCAUUGAAGGCCGAAAUCUGGACUCUGUCUACAGAACUCUCAUCUACUUUAAACCCAAAGAAAGCCACCUGAAACCUGUUUCCACUGAGUGCAGAGGUAAAGCCAAACCCACCCAUAUGGAGUGCAUCACCCCGGUCUUCCAUCGAGAUGAGACAGAAGAGGGCGAGCUCUCAUUUGACAUGGAUGGAGUGCUCGGCCUGUGGAAAAAAGACUUCUCCUACCACCCCUAUGGCAGACCCAUCCCAUUUGAGACUGAAGGUCACAUACUGAGACUCUACCCUGGGUUUGAUGAAGUGUCCUUGCAUCACCAAAAGUUGAACCUCGUGAGUUCCUGCAUGUCAAUAACGAUGACAGUUGGAGAUGUUGACUGUGGGGCUAAAGUUUUAGAUAAUGAGAUCACAUGCAGGAUCCCUAAUAAUCUCACCAUUCCCAGUGAGGGUUUACCUGUGAAGGUAACAGUUAAUGGGUACACACAUAAUGUUGGUACCGUUAUCUUGGUCAGUAACCACUACAUGGUGGGUAUUGUGCUUGGCAUACUGGCAGCUCUGGUCACUGGUGCAGUUAUGGCCUUUAUUGUGCUGAAAAACCUGAGAAAACAGAAAAAAGCUUCGCUGGCAGAAAAUCGUCUUUCUUACUUUUCUCAUAGUCGUUCACGUAAUAAUAGUGUGGAUUUAUCUCUCUUAGGAGACUACAGACGUGAACUGCCCCUCACAACCAUCACUGCACCUACUGGGGCCGUGGCAUUCCCCGGCCUGGCCUACACAGGCAACCUGGACACAACCCUGACCCCUCUCAUGCCUCCAGAGAAGAUCUCCAUCAGCAGUUUCCGCCCGGAGCUGCUGGAGGAAGUGAAGGAUGUGUUGAUCCCAGCCUCCAUGCUCAAGGUUCACCACCACCAGAUCAUAGGAAAAGGACACUUUGGGACAGUUUACCAUGGUUACCUCACCGACCACAACAACAGAGAAAUCCAUUGUGCUGUUAAAUCUCUUAACAGAAUAACGGAUGUGGAUGAAGUGGAGCAGUUUCUGAAAGAGGGCAUUCUGAUGAAGGGAUUUCAUCACAGUAAUGUUCUCUCGCUGUUGGGUAUACUGCUUCCUGAAGAGGGACUUCCCUUGGUGGUCUUACCUUACAUGAAACACGGAGACUUGCGUCACUUCAUUCGCUGUGAGAAGAGGAAUCCAACAGUUAAGGAUUUGAUUGGCUUUGGGCUCCAAGUUGCUAAAGGAAUGGAAUAUCUGGCACAAAAGAAGUUUGUACACCGGGAUCUGGCAGCACGCAAUUGCAUGCUUGAUGAAUCCUACACUGUAAAGGUGGCAGACUUUGGAAUGGCUCGAGAUGUGCUGGAGAAGGAGUACUACAGCGUCCAGGACCACAGGAAAGCCAAAUUACCCGUCAAAUGGAUGGCCAUUGAGAGCCUGCAGACGCAGAAGUUCACGUCCAAGUCAGAUGUGUGGUCUUUUGGGGUUCUAAUGUGGGAGAUGCUCACAAGAGGAGCCAGUCCGUACCCUGAAGUUGACCCAUAUGACGUCACACAUUACCUCCUGAAGGGCAGACGGCUGCCUCAGCCACAAUAUUGUCCAGAUCCAUUAUUCACCAUUAUGUUACAGUGUUGGGACCCCGACCCUGAGAGGAGACCAACUUUCUCCACGCUAGUGUCCGCUGUGAUGAGUAUUCUGUCUAGCCUGGAAGGAGAGCACUACAUCAGUCUGAAGGUCACAUACGUCAAUCUGGACCAGCCCCGCCCCUACCCUGCCCUAACAGACUCUGCAGAUGAAUAUGAUUCAUCAGAUGCCGAUGAUGCAGCCUCAGUCUCUAGCUGACUGGCCAACUGGUUUGAUACUUGCUAGCAUACUAGAACGCUAUUUUAACAGUACUAUUUUAAAGGAAUCAUUCACCCAAAGAUGAAAAUUUGCUGAAAUCCAUCCAAGAUGUAGAUGAGUUUAUUUUAUCAAAUGUUUAAGAUAAAACAGAUGAUAAAAACAUCACAAUAAUCUGCACUUUAACACAUUAAUGGUGGAUUUGUUUAUUACAAACACCCAGCUUUUCACUUCACAAUGCAUUAUUUGAUGGACUGGAGUCAUGUUGAUUAUUGUGAUGGUUUUAUCAGCUGUUUGGACUCUCAUUCUGACGGCACCCAUUCACUGCAGAGGAUCCACUGGUGAGCAAGUGAAGUAAUGCUAAAUUUCUCCAAAUCUUUUCUGAUGGAGAAACAAACAUCUUGGAUGGCUUAAAGAUAAGUAAAUUUUUUUUAGCAAGUAUUCCGUUCCAAAGUCCAUGCCCAUUAUGUGCCAGCAUGCCACAUAAAUAUUGGAAAUCUUUUGAGUUAUGUUCAUAUGUAGUUUAUAUGACAUGUCAUAUAUUGCAUAUGACAGACACAACACUUAUCAUUGAGUCAAUACUGUCUAACAACUCACGGCUGUGCUUUUUGUUACUAUACUUUUGUCCUCGUACUGUUUGUGCAGUAUUUUCCAACACAAACCAUUAAACUUCUAAUAGAAGUCUAUUGUUAAUGAAACGUUCACUUUUGUGAGAUAUCUGUGCAUAAUUUAGAAAUCAAGUCAACAGUGAGAACACUGAAAGUGUUAACACACAUUUAAGUUUCACAUUCAAGCACUGCAUUCAUUAGAAUAUCAUAUUUCAGAUGUAGAGGAUGUAUAUUUUAUUCUUGAAACAAUUACUUUUUUUAUGUGACUUAUUUUCUGUAUAUUAUUAUUAUAAUCAAAUACAGAAAAUCCUGGUGUGCACCACUUUAUUUUGAAGAUAUCUGUUAUUAGUAAGCCUUUACUUGGUAUUUGGUUUGUGAUUAUAUCAGAUGCUUGUACAGAAAAGGGAUUCAGUGCACAAUGUUUGGGAUGAGUCAGCGGUCAAAGGUGUUGAGUUGAAUUAUAUCACUGUGCUGCAGUUAUAGAGCCUGUAGAAAUGAGUGAGAAUUUGAUAUCUUUGGUGCAUAUUCCUAAAUAAAAUAUAAUUUUGCCAAAGGUGCCAGUUUUAGUGUGCACUUGAAUUAUCUUGGGUAGUGCCACCAACCAGCAAUAUGCUAAUGUACAGUAGCUUGUCAUGUCAUGACUACUGAAUAUUACAUGAAUGCAUAACAGAACAUUAUCUAAUUGCAAAAUCAAUCUCAAUGAAUAUUUAGCUUCAAGAACUGAAAUUAUUUAUUGUCAUGGGAAUGUCAUUUUCAUAUACUAUGUAAGGAAUUUCUGUAUUUCUUUGUAUUUGGUGGACUUUGAAAAUUAAAAUAAUAUUAAAAGCAGUUUUUGUUCAAACGUAA